AGAUUCGUAACAUGGUGGCCGUGUUGGAAGUGAUCUCCAGUUUGGAGAAGUAUCCAAUUACCAAAGAGGCACUGGAGGAAACCCGACUUGGAAAGCUUAUUAAUGAUGUUCGGAAAAAGACCAGUAACGAGGAGCUUGCCAAACGUGCUAAGAAACUGCUGCGUAGCUGGCAAAAGUUGAUAGAGCCAGCACAACAGACUGAGCAGGCUGCCAGGGGUACUCCCAACCCACAAGGUUCAGCCAAUGGUGGUAGUACCAACAACUAUAAGGGAGAGACCAAUCAAACUGCACUGUUGAGUGGAAAGCCUCUUCAGGACCUGAAGGGCAGGAAUGAUAUCCAGAAGGCACAUUCACCUAAGGCUGAAAAGGUGGCCAGUCGAAAGCGGAAAGGGGAAUAUAGAGAUGGUACCCAAGGGCUUGCUUGCAAAGCAGGUAAACCGAAUCAGGAGCUUUUCCAAAAUUCUUUCACCCCUCCCUACCAAUGGAAUUGGAGGUAGUCCCCCAGAAAACCUACUUAGUCCUCUUGAUGGCAGUUCACAGACUAACAGGUUGGAGACUGCUGAAAAUGAUAAACAUGGUAAAAUUCCAGUAAACGCUGUCCGGCCGCACACCAACUCCCCUGGACUUGUAAAACACUCAAGCACUUCCUCAUUACUAAAAGUGGCCGUCCUACAGCAGCACAGUGUAGGGUUAGAAGAAACCCAGUCUCUUCAGCCACGAAGUCCGCGCUGUUCCUCCUACAGCCCUCGUGGCACUAGGGCAGAACUAGUGGCACGGCAGCACACCACAUAUGCACCAAAGGGUUCUGCGCCCAGCCCCUCUCAAAGGCUGCCUGGUGUAGACACUGCACAUUCACCCUCUUACCAAUCCCCUGUGCAUCCUUCUACACCCCCUGCCAUAGCAAAAAGACUAGAGUCUCCUAAAAGGGAUUUUGUAGUCUCUUCACCUCAUAGGUCUGUAGAACAUCUAGUCCCUACUGACUACCACCUUCAGCAGUCGCCCAAGUUAACACAGCAGCACACCCCACAUGGACCUCGUAGUGGACAGCCUAUCACAGAUCCUCAAACACCUCGCAGUAGCUAUUCACCAGAGUCCUCAAAAAUGGACAGCGAUGACGCAGCCUCUGGUUCAGAAAGCCGCAAGAAAAAGAAAUCUCGUAGUCGAGGAGAUCAAGAAGGAAACUCAGCAGAUGGAAAUAGCAAACAAACGCGAGUAAAAAAAGGAUCGCAAAUUGAAAUUUGAUUUUAUGACUGGGCAAAUAAAACCUUUAACAAAUAAAGACCCAUCCCAGGCAGAGAUUUCAGCCCCUUCAGAACAGCACAGGACUGAGACAGACAAACAAGACCCUAAACUCGGCCUGCCAAGUCCCUUUGAACAGACAGACUGGAAGGAGUUGUCUCAAAAUGAGAUCAUUCAGUCCUAUCUCAAUCGUCAGAGCAGCUUGUUGUCUUCCUCUGGUGUACAUACACAGAGUGCACAUUAUUAUAUGUCUGAAUAUUUAAAACAGGAGGAAUGCAGUAAGCGAGAAGCUAGAAAGACUCAUGUUUUAGUGCCACUUGCCCUACCGAGUGAGCUGCCUGGAAAAAACAGGGAAGUGACUAGCACUGACUUAGACAGACUUCAAAAUCAACAUUGGCCUGGUGUCAAUGGCUGUCAUGAUACACAAGGCAACUGGUAUGAUUGGACGCAGUGCAUCUCCUUGGACCCUCAUGGUGAUGAUGGUAGAUUAAACAUCUUGCCUUAUGUCUGCCUAGACUGA